AAAGUCUCCGAUCUAACAUCUAACAUAUAAAAUAAAAUCCUGUUUAGACUGGCUACAAUUAUUAUAAAUCAUGGCGGUCUACGCUGCCCAUUUGACGAGGACUCUUCAAGGGACCCCGUCAGUAUUCCAGGUGACUGCCCAAGAAGCCCUGGGGUCUACUGUGAAGCCUGGUCUACGUAAAGUCGUCGAGUACCUAGCAGCAGCAUACCCUGACAAGUGUGGGUGGUCGGAGAGAUGGUACGACGAGCUGUACCUGGCGCUGGAUGCCUGCCUGCAGUACCACUACCUCAAACAUUAUGCUGCAUCAUUCUCGGAAAGUUUCUACGGCCUGAUCCGGACCCCCACAUCAUCACAGCUGGAGUUCUCAUCCGGCACGCGCCUGCCUCCAUCACUUGAGAGAAGUUCUCUGCUGCUGCUCACUCUCGCUCCGUAUCUGUGGGAUAAAGCUGGGGAUAUUGUGCAGAGGUGGAGGGAAAGGAAUGAAGAUGGGUUACUUGGGAAGAGCAAGUCAGACAGCCUACGGCGCGCGGCCGUCAGGGUGUACUCCAUCGCACAUCUGGUAUUUGAGCUUUCGCGACUCGCGCAGAUGUGCCUGUAUAUGAGUGGCAGGUCUGUGAGCGCGACGCUGGCGCUGCGCUGGCUGGGGCUGCGGCUGCGCGACGCGCCCACGCAGCGGGAGGACUCCGGCGAUCUGAGUAGCAUGGCGGAACUCCUGUCAUUCCCCACUAUAGGCGCUCUGCUGCUGCGGGGCGCGGAGUAUGGCGCCUUCCUGGUGCAGUUCCUGCGCUGGUGGGAGAGCCGCGGCGCGCGGGGCGGGGGUGCGCUGCCGGUGCCUGACCCACCUGAGCGUGACGAGCGGUGCAGCCGAUAUUUAAACCGGUGUCCUGUGUGCCUGCAAGCCUGGAGGAUACCCACUGUGCUACCUGUAUCUGGCUACAUAUUCUGCUACAUGUGCAUAUCGCGGCACGUGCGACAAGCGGGCGAGUGCCCGGUGACUCGCCUGCCGGCCGCCGAGGACUCACUUGUGAGGUUAUACCUACAAUGACACACGGAGGGAAUAGGGACAAGGCUGUAGGAAGAUGAAAGCGGGUGUGAAGAUGAGAGUUUCUCUGAUCAAA